AUGAAUAGGAGACGCCAUGGCUGGCAACGCCCCUUCCACCCUUUGCAGAUUGUGGGAAUUGCAGUUUACAGUUUUCUUGUGGUGUCCUUCUAUACAUUCUUUGGACUUUUCCUGGGAAACAGAAUAGCCGAAAUCACAGUCACCACAAUCUUUUCCUUUGUGGCUGUUUCAGUCAUGUUCCUGUUCAUAAGGUGCACAGCCACUGACCCAACUGACAAAACCAGCCUUAGGAAGAAGAAACCUAAAGCUGGCAAAGGCUAUCCAAAGCUCAAUUACGGGUUCGUUUUGGGGCAGAUUAUAGUGAGGUUCUUUAGAAGAAUGGAGAGAAAGAUCCUCAGGACUUUCAUAAGGAGGAGGUAUCUCAAUCCUUGGAAGACCGGCGCACAGUUGGAUCCAUUGCUCCCAUUUCCCUUUGUCCUCAUGAAAGAAGACGCAGUCUCUCCCGAUUUAAGGGAAGACGACAUCUCCUUCUGCGCACUCUGUGAUUUUGAGGUGAAAAAACACAGCAAACACUGCAGGACCUGCAACCGUUGUGUUGAUGGCUUUGAUCACCACUGCAGGUGGUUAAACAACUGCGUCGGGAAAAAGAAUUACACCACAUUUAUUCUCCUCAUGAUUUUCGUUCUGUUAUUGCUAAUCAUAGAAGGAGCAACUGCAAUUGCAAUAUUCGUCAGGUGCUUUGCAGAUAAAAAUGGAAUAGAGCAUGAGCUGAAGAGGAAACUCUACGUAGACUUCCCAAGAGGCAUUCUUGCAACGAUAUCGGUCUUGCUAACUUUAAUGAUAGCUUAUGGUUCAGCAGCAAUGGGACAGCUUUUUUUCUUUCAUGUGGUUCUAAUACGGAAGGGAAUGAGAACAUAUGACUAUAUCCUGGCAAUGAAAGAGGAGAGCCAAUCUAUAGAAAUGGAUCCAUUUGAUGAUUCAGAUUUCUCCUCAGACUUGAGUAGUGAUUUUGAUUCACCUGAAAAGCCAUCAUUCAUAUCACGGUUUAUAUGCAGAGGACGAGGGAUAACUCAGUUUCAGAAUACCAGAAGGCUGUCCAUAAGAAUUGACGGAGAUCCUCAGCCGUCCACCUCAACCGUGAAACAAGGCUUCCGUGUCAGCAUUGACCCGUGGAGACUGAUAAAGUUGAGCAAGGAGAAAGCACUGAUAGCAGCAGAGAAGGCCAGAGAAAGGAUUGUGAAACAGAAGCCUCCUACAGAAGAGGAUUCACUGAAACCACUACCAUUGGAGACAAAAUGUGGACCACUCACAGAUAAAAACACGGCCACAGCAGGAUCAGGCUUAACACCUCUUAUAUCCAAAGGGUGGAUGCCAGGGUCACCCGGAAGGUUUCCAAGCCCAAGAAGGCGGUUUUCUGGUUCACCAACAAUGUUCUCUGGCAUUGUACCAUCGCCAAAGCAAAAGUACAGAAACAAUUUUGACUUGAAAUUGACAGAGGUGUCCAGAGAGCUGGAGACCUACAUCUCAAGGCAGGUUCUAUGUUCUGUUAUAAAGAAGGACGGUACUGAGGCAUCCCCAAGAUAG